AAUUACCUUUGUUUUGUGUAGAAAAAUGAAUGAUUGUAACACGUCAGAAAAGAACACUAUAAGCGUAUGUUUAUUUGACUCUGAACAAAAAGAUGCUGAUAGUAAGAAAGAAGAAAAAAUAUUUGGUGCAAAGUUGCGUGAAAUCUACAACAAAGACCACGAAGAAUUAUUUAUUGCUACUUCACCAUCUUUUUCACCAGUGGGUGAAAAGCAAGACAUUGAUGAGUUAUGUUGUCAACAAAAGUCUAAGGAUCUCAUUAAUGCAAAAACUGACAAAGACAUUAAACUUGAUCAGAAAAACUUACCAGCUUCUAAUGUUUCUUCUUGUGUUUCAAAUGAUUCACAUUCUGUUGAGUAUGAAACUGUUAAAUCUGUAGCAUCGUAUUCAACAGCAAACAAUGAUGAUGGACAAGGUUAUUUUAUUACAUCAGAUUAUUCACAACUUGGUAAUUUGGGUAUUGAAGUUUCUAAAACAUUUUUUUAUGUCCUAUCACCAAUGGAUAGUACAAACUCGUUAAUAAACUCUACCAGGGACCAAUCAUCUUUUCAUGAGGUAGAUGGUGGAGACUUAAUGCAUGCUAUAAACGAUGGUGAAAAAACAUUAAGUAAAGAAGGUAAUAAAGGAGGGUUAGCAAAGCAUAAAUUAGGUAGUACCAGUAGCAGUGACGAGAAAAUUGUUGCAGAAAGAGAAGUCGGUUUGAGUGAAUUUGAACAAGAGACUGAACACAUAGACUUAGCACAAACUGAAAUUGAUGCUUCAGGGGAAAGCUCAACUGUUCAGAGUGAUUUUGAUCACCUCAGUAGUGAUUUCAAUGUCAAUUUUAUUCAUGGAAUUCCUGAUUCUGUAGAUAGUCCUGAUUCAAAAGAUCGUUCUCAAUUAGUUUGGCAACAGUUGCCAGCAACAGAUCAUGAACAAAAGAAACAAAACGACGAGCCAACGUUAUUCAUGAAGUAUGAACACAAUUCAAAGAUGGAUAUGCCUACCAUUCUCCAUGGACAGCCGUACUUACAGGUAGCGCUAGUUAGUGACAUGGAGCCAUCUUCCACCAGUGAGCUUGUAUCAACUGAUCAAAUAUUGGGAGUGGCCGUACCCGAGAUCUUUAUCUGCAAAUGGGAAGGCUGCGGCUCGCAUUUUCUGACAAACAGUGACCUUGUGAAACAUGUGAACACAGAACAUUUAAACGCUGACAGUAAACAAAUGUAUACAUGCUAUUGGAAAGGUUGCGUUCGCGAAGGAAAGUCGUUUGACGCCAGAUAUAAAAUUUUAAUUCAUUUAAGGACUCAUACAGGCGAGAAGCCACAUUUAUGUCCCGUGACUGGAUGCCAAGCUAGUUUCUCGAGGAUUGAAAAUUUGAAAAUCCACGUAAGAACUCACACAGGUGAAAAACCAUACCCUUGUCAACAUGAAGGCUGCCACAAAACCUUUGCAAAUUCAAGCGAUCGUUUCAAACACAAACGAACGCACGAAGAAAAAAAACCGUAUCGAUGUACAGUGAAAGGAUGUGACAAAUGUUACACCGAUCCGAGCUCACUACGCAAACACAGAAAAAGACACGCAGCACGAAUGGUCACUACGUGAUUGUUGCUGUACCAGAAGAAAGUUCUUAAUGGUAUUUUUCCUUUUAAAGUGAACUUGACGAUAUGGUUUUAAAGUAAAAACGAGAAUAUUGUAUACCCAAAGAUAAUUCUCCCUAUAUCGCGUGGCUUUUCUUGAAGAACGGAUGGCUGAGGGAGGAAACGCAGCAGGUGGACAGAAAUUGUGCACAGAAAGACAGGUUUUUCAACCUGUUCGUACAAAAAGGUGUUCAUACUAAAAAAUGAGAGAUUAUUAUGACAAUGUGACAUUUUUGUAUAUAUGUAUAGAAAUAAUUAUACGUUAAAAUUAUUUAAAUUGCAUAGU